ACCCGCCGGACGCACUGACGCAGCAGAUCGGUCUGCAGCACCGGCACCGGUACAGACCGGGACAAGGAGCCCGGGGCCCGGCCACUGGCACCGGGACAGACCGGGACAAGGAGCCCGGGGCCCGGCCACCGGCACCGGGAGUGAGCGGAGAUGCGGCAGGCGGCGGUUUCGGGGCCAAGCCCCCGGCUGAGUGCAGUGAGUCCCGGUACCAAGAGGAUCUCCCACCGGACAAACAGUAGCAGAAUGAGUGGUGAGACAGGAGCCGGGAAGCCCCUCAAGGUGGGCUCACGUGUGGAAGUGAUUGGCAAGGGACAUCGUGGCACUGUCGCUUAUGUGGGUGCCACAAUGUUUGCCUCUGGCAAGUGGGUUGGAGUAAUUCUGGAUGACGCCAAGGGUAAAAAUGAUGGCACAGUGCAGGGCAAGCGAUAUUUCACUUGUGAAGAAAGUCAUGGCAUCUUUGUUCGCCAGUCCCAGAUUCAGGUUGUUGAGGAUAGCGCUGACACUACAUCCCCUGAAACGCCACAGGAGCCAUCCUCUUCAAGAAUUCCUAAACGAGAGUUGUCAGAGACACCGAAAACCAGCAAGAUGCGUGGAGCAAAGCCCAAAAAGACCCCAGCACUGAGAAAGCAACCUGCCAGACGCACCAAGUCCACCAGGACUACUGGUUCAAGUGGGACUUCACUCACACCGUCACCAUCUGGUGGUGAGCCAAGCAGCAGUGAGCCUAGUACGCCAGCACAGACUCCACUUGCUGCUCCAAUCAUCCCAACACCAGCUGGACUGCCUUCACCUCUGGUGCCUCCCCUGCUCUCCCCCAAGGAAGAGGAGACUCUCCGAACCCAGGUGAAGGAUCUUGAAGAGAAACUAGAGACUUUGAAAAUGAAGAGAAAUGAGGAUCGAGCCAAACUAAAAGAGCUGGAGAAGUUCAAGAUACAGUUUGAGCAACUGCAGGAAUGGAAACAGAAGAUGCAGGAACAGCAGAAUGAACUUCAGCGGCAACUCAAAGAGGCCAAAAAGGAAGCAAAAGAUGCCCUUGAAGCUAGAGACCGCUACAUGGAGGAGAUGGCUGACACCGCUGAUGCUAUUGAGAUGGCCACUCUAGACAAAGAGAUGGCAGAGGAGCGAGCAGAAUCUCUCCAGCAGGAGGUCGACAGCUUGAAGGAGAAAAUUGAGGAGUUGACAAUGGACCUGGAGAUCCUGAAGCAUGAGAUUGAAGAGAAAGGGACUGAUGGAGCUGCCUCCAGUUACCAGGUCAAGCAGCUCGAGGAGCAGAAUGCCCGACUGAAGGAAGCUCUUGUCAGAAUGCGGGACCUGUCUGCCUCAGAAAAGCAGGAGCAUGGCAAACUGCAGAAAGUGAUGGAGAAAAAGUGCAGUGAGCUGGAGAGCCUGAGACAGCAGCGGGAGAAACUGCUGGAGGAAAUGAAACAGGCCGAAAAGACCAUCGAUGAGCUGAAGGAACAGGUUGAUGCGGCUUUGGGAGCUGAGGAAAUGGUGGAAACUCUAACUGAACGGAAUCUGGAUCUGGAGGAGAAAGUGCGGGAACUACGAGAGACCGUCAGUGAUCUGGAAGCCAUAAAUGAAAUGAAUGACGAAUUGCAAGAGAAUGCCCGGGAAACGGAGCUGGAAUUAAGGGAACAGCUGGAUUUGGGAGCUGCUCGAGUCCGGGAAGCAGAGAAGCGAGUAGAAGCUGCUCAGGAGACAGUAGCUGAUUAUCAACAAACAAUCAAAAAGUACCGUGAACUCACCUCCCAUCUCCAGGAUGUGAACCGUGAGCUGAUGAGCCAACAAGAAGCGUCGGCCGAGAGAGAGCAGCAACCUCCACCCGAGAUCAUUGACUUCAAAAUCAAAUUUGCUGAGACCAAGGCUCAUGCAAAGGCUAUAGAGAUGGAACUGCGUAAGAUGGAAGUACAACAGGCGAAUAGACAUGUCUCCUUACUCACCUCCUUCAUGCCUGAUUCCUUCCUCCGUCAUGGCGGAGACCACGAUUCCAUUUUAGUCCUUCUCUUGAUCCCACGCCUCAUCUGCAAGGCAGAGCUGAUUAGCAAACAUGCUCAGGAGAAGUUUGAGCUGAAUGAGGAUUACAGCGAGCGUCAAGGCCUGAGGGGCGCGUUGGGUGAACAGAUGAGCUUUGGUGCCGGCCUGGUGUAUUCACUUACUCUGCUGCAGGCCACACUGCACAAAUACGAACAGGCUCUAGGACAGUGCACUGUGGAUGUCUAUAAGAAGAUUGGGGGCCUUUACCCUGAGAUGAGCGUACAUGAGCGAUCACUGGAUUUCUUCAUCGAGCUCCUUCACAAAGAUCAGUUGGACGAGACCGUCAACGUGGAGCCUCUCACCAAGGCCAUUAAAUACUAUCAGCAUCUCUACAGUAUCCACCUGUUGGAACACAGUGAGGAUUGUACAGUGCAGCUGGCAGACCACAUCAAGUUUACACAGAGUGCCCUGGAUUGUAUGGCAGUGGAGGUGGGAAGAUUGCGAUCACUCUUCCAGGCUGGGCAUGAAGCCACUGAUAUAGCCAUUCUCCUCAAGGAUCUUGGUACAUCGUGUAGUGAUAUCCGACAGUUCUGUAAGAAGGUGCGGAGAAGAAUGCCUGGCACAGACGCUCCUGGAAUUCCAUCGGCACUUUCCUUCGGUUCACAGGUAUCUGAAACGCUGCUGGAUUGCAGAAAGCACCUGAGCCGAGUCGUGGCAGUGCUACAAGAGAUGGCAGCAGCGGGAAUCCAACUCGUUGCCGCAUUACCCGAGAACGAGGGCCUGCAGCCUCGCAAACUGGAGGAAAUGGCCAGGACAGCCACAGAACAGGUAUACGGAGGACAAACUGCCAGUCCAUAUGAGUGCCUUCGCCAGUCGUGUACAGUAAUUAUUGUCACGAUGAACAAAAUGGCCACAGCCAUGCAGGAGGGCGAAUACGAUUCUGAGAAGACGUUGGUGAAGCCACCACCACCAGUUGAUCUGCGUGCUGCCGCUCUGCGUGCUGAGAUCACAGAUGCUGAGGGACUUGGACUUAAACUGGAGGAUCGAGAAACUGUCAUCAAAGAGCUGAAGAAAUCCUUGAAGAUCAAGGGUGAGGAGUUGAGUGAAGCGAGUGUACGACUUAGUCUGCUUGAGAAGAAACUGGACUGUUCCUCGAAAGAGGCUGAUGAACGAGUGGAGAAAAUUCAGACAAAACUGGAAGAGACACAGGCUCUGCUCAAAAAGAAGGAGAAGGAGUUCGAUGAAACGAUGGAUGCUCUGCAGGCUGACAUUGACCAGCUGGAAUCUGAGAAGAUGGAAUUGAAGCAACGGCUCAGCAGCCAGUCAAAACGUACGAUUGAGGGACUGAGAGGAUCACCAGGCUCUGGCAUUGCCUCCAUAGUAACAGAGGACCAGUACACAGGGACAGGUGCAGCCCAGGUGGCAGGUGGCCCUGGUCCAGUUCAGAUCAAGGAUUCGCCUUUACUCCUGCAGCACAUCGAUGCUCUCCGACUCUCUGUCAAGCAACUGAAGAAUGAGAACAACCAGUUAAAGGCUGCCCAGAUGAGAGCAGACUUAUCAGCACUGCCACCAAUCCAUGUUCCCAAGCUGUCAUUGACACCUCAGGCCCAGGAGGACGGUGCUGCAAUUGGAGCUCUGAGUAGGAAGACCCACCAGUUACUGGAAAAGCUGCAGCAAAUCAGUGCCCACGCCAAAGUGGUUGAUAUCUCGCACCGAGGCCCAGGCAGCACAGCCUCAGAGGUGAAGGGCAACCCCACAGCACAACUAUUGGAGCACCUUGUCACACUCAGACAGCUGAGUGACAGUGUCGACCACAUCAAGGAUGAAGUGGAGCGAGUCUCAGUGAACAAAGCAAAGGCCCGAGUACACUCCGAUUUUGCAACAUUCCCGCAUCCAGCCUUUACUAAGGCCAUGGAGGAGGCGAAAUUGGAUGCAGUUUGUGUGGGUAAAGUCAGCCUGUCAUGUCCACCAGGCCAAGGGAAGAUUCAUCGCAUUGUCCUGCUCCAUGAUCAACUGCAUGAACUACACAGCCGCCUGAUCUCCUAGGCAACUCCACCCUGUACCUCCUGCACUGCCCUCAGCACACAGAUCGCUAGCACUCAUCUCGCUGAUUCCUGACCUUUGUCUCAUCUAUCAGUGUGUGUGUGUGUGUCUGUGUGUGUGUGUGUGUGUGUGUGUGUGUGUGUGUGUCUGUGUGUGUGUGUGUGUGUGUACACAUAUCAGGUCAUGGACAAAGGUCUGUGGCUAUACACUACGUGUUUGAUAUUAACCUCCUACAGCCUCAGUAACUUCUGCCCUGCCCAUUCUGCAUCUCUGAUAUUUUAGCCUGACUUGCAACAUUAGAAAAGCCAGAUGCAGCAUUGCAGUCUUCCACCCAGCAACUCCUUCCCAAAUACCCAUUUCAUUCAACCAAGGUCAGAAUCUUAAUCUUGGUAAACUUUAACAAAUGUAACUUCUCACACAUCCCUUAUAAAUGAUGUUGAGGUUAAUGUGUGAUACGUUGCUGCUUGUCAGUAGCUUUGUCUCCCUUGAAUCAGUGACAGUGUUUGGACUGAGAAUGCCAGUCCCUGGUGUUGUUGUACACUGCAUUGUGAUCACUGGGGCUUUACUGCUUUCUCCAGUGAAUGGUCACUGACCUUGAUCAAAUUCUGUGCCUGAAAAACUUGCCUACUGGUCUCAGUGGAGGUGGUGGCAAGAGGAGGAUUCUGACUCAAACUGAGUGUGGACAGCAACCUACUGCUCUCUCACCCUGCCCACCCUCCUCUCUCAAAGUUCCAUGUCUUAUCCUGCCCAUCUCUCAUGCUGUCUGUCUCUGGGCCUCUUUCUCCCCCUGUGUUCAUCCUUUCAUGUCUCUCUUUAUGUAUUUCCUUAUCCCCAGCCUGCCCCUAUCUCCUUAUCCCCAGCCUUUCCCAUCUCCUUCAAUGUCUCUAUCUCCUUAUCCCCAGCCUUUCCCAUCUCCUUCAAUGUCCGUCUGUAUCCUCCACGUCCCCUUUUUCGCUGGGGAGCUGGUAUUAGUGGAGUUAGUGAUUGAAAAGCAGUGACAGGGUUGUGACCAUUGUACAGGAGACUGAAGUGAUGGCACUUAGCGGUGUUUGAGCUUGGCUCCAAUUCCUGGGUCACAGUAGUUGAGGAUAAUUUACAAUGAAUGAGUAUGUUGUAUGUCCAUUUAAACUAAACCAUAAUUAAUCACUCCAUAUGAAAUAAUGUUAUCAGAUUAAUUCUUGAAUAAAUGACCUGUUGCUUGAAUGUUCUCUAA